AUGGGUAAUAAACGCAAAAAAUAUGUAGGUCGUUCUUGUAUCCGGUGCAAAGGAAAAAAAAUAAAAUGCCAAAAGGAUGAUGGUCCAAAUUGCGAGGCUUGUAUCAGAAGGGGAGAAGAAUGUGUUACACCAGAGAAUACUAAAAAAAGGGGACCUAAGCCUCGAUUGUUAAUAACAACUGCAAUAGCCACAGUUCCGUCAAAUAAGUCCUCUAAAGAGCAAAAAAAUGGGCAUCCUCAAGGUGUACCUUGUUUGAACGCAAAUACUCAGCAGUUGCCUGAAAAUGUUCAAUAUGGAACAUUUAGUUACCAAUCCUGUAAGAAACCGGGUUCAAGAAAUGUGAUGAUUAAUGGAGACAAGGGUGAAGAUUAUGAAAGGAAACAAAAUCUCCAGUUAUCAGAAGCAAUUAAAAAUGAAAUAGUCUCAUUCGAUUCCCGGGAAUCUAAACGUCGACAACCCGAAAAGCAACAAAAUAUUUUAUUAAAAGUUGAAAAUAACAGCAAUAAUGAAGAAGAUAAUCUACAAGAAAUUGUUAGUGAUAAUGAGCCUAAUCAGGAAGUUAAUUCAAAUAUAUCUUCAGAAGUUUUAAUACCAGCAAAAAGAAAAAAAUCGAAAAUUUUAACUAAGCUCAAAUAA